AUGGGUACAGGAAAGAAGGAGGCCGCUCGUAAAGUGCGGCAGGGAAAGCCCGAUGAUGGCAUGGCCAAUGUCAAGACCAAAGGUGAAAAUUUUUACCGUGAUGCCAAGAAGGUCAAGACCUUGAACAUGUUCAAGUCUGGCACGCCGCGCCGCAACGCGCAGGGUGAUAUCACAGUUGCCGCGACUUAUCAAUCUAAAGAGUUGCCAACAGCCCGCAUCGAGCCAAACCGUAAAUGGUUUGCUAACUCCCGUGUCAUCUCACAAGAGGCUUUGACCUCGUUCCGUGAUGCUGUUGCGGAGCGUGCGGCCGACCCGUACCAAGUUCUUCUCAAGACCAACAAGCUCCCCAUGAGCUUGAUUCGGGACAAUGAUAAAGUCAACGGCUUGAAGCAACAUCAGGCUAAGAUGACCAUCGAGACUUCUCCUUUCAAUGAUACAUUCGGCCCCAAGGCCCAGCGCAAGCGCGUUAAGCUUGGUGUAUCGUCUCUCGAAGACCUCGCUGGCGAGACAGCCAAGAUGCAGGACACCUACAUUGAGAAGAACGACGAGGGAACUCAUGCCGAUGGAAGCGCAAUUGUUCGCGGCGACGACACUGCCGCGGUCGAAGACCUGGGUCUACUGACUACCUCUCGUGAAUCUGUCUUUUCCAAGGGACAGAGUAAGCGUAUUUGGAACGAACUUUACAAGGUCAUCGAUUCUUCUGAUGUCAUCAUCCAUGUCCUGGAUUCCCGUGAUCCCGACGGUACUCGUUGCAGAAGUGUUGAGAAAUAUGUUCGUGAGGAGGCACCCCACAAGCACUUGAUCUUCGUUUUGAACAAGUGCGAUCUCGUCCCCACCGGCGUUGCUUCAAGGCUUCUUCCUGCGACUUCGGUCGUGCACGACUUCGGUUGUGCUUGUUUCAAUGGAAUUCCGUCUGUUACAGCUUUGGCCGCUUGGGUUCGUCAUCUUUCCAAGGACUACCCCUGUCUCGCUUUCCAUGCCAAUAUCAACAACUCUUUCGGCAAGGGCUCUUUGAUCUCACUGCUUCGCCAGUUCUCAUCCCUUCAUUCCGACCGCAAGCAGGUGUCUGUUGGCUUGAUCGGCUACCCUAACACGGGCAAGUCUUCCAUCAUCAACACACUCCGAAACAAGAAGGUGUGCACAGUCGCCCCCAUUCCGGGUGAAACCAAGGUCUGGCAGUAUAUUACCUUGAUGAAGAGAAUAUAUCUCAUUGAUUGCCCCGGUGUGGUCCCACCCAACGUCAACGAUACCGAGGAGGACAUCCUUCUCCGUGGAGUCUGCAGAGUGGAGAACGUUCACAACCCAGAGCAAUACAUUCCGGCCGUGCUUCGCCGUGUCCUGCCCCGUCACCUUGAGCGCACCUACGGUAUCAAGUACCAGGAGAACUACCUCGAUUGGCUCGCGCUUCUUGCUCGCCAGGGCGGUCGUCUCCUCAAGGGAGGUGAGGCCGAUCUGGAUGGUGUUGCUAAGAUGGUGAUCAACGAUUUCCUUCGUGGAAAGAUUCCCUGGUACACGCCCCCACCCAAGGGUACCGGGAAGGGCGAGAAGGACGAGAAGGACGAGGAGACUGUCGAGGGUAUCGAGGGCCGUGAGGGUCGACUCGGCGAGAUGCCCCGCAAGCGCAAGUUGGAUGAGAACAACGAGCCUGCCGCCAAGGCUACGGAGGCCGAUUCCGAGUCUGAGCCUGCUCAGGAUGAAGCCGUUGAUGCUGAGGACAGCGAUAAUGAUUCGAUCGCCAACUUGGAGGUCAGCGAUGUGGAGAGUGGCGAGGAGGAGUGA